GCGAACGGCUUUUGGACUUGCACGCCGAGACAUAACCACGCCACUGUGUUGGGUUCUUCGACAGACACACACACACACACACACAAAGAUAGAUAGACAAGACAUCAGCCAUCCUCUGCAAUUUGUACGGCCACCAUAGAAAGGCAGAGGGAAGAAACUGAACUCCUCAGAGGAAUCAUUCAUAACGCAAUCCCUCCCUCCCUCAAAAUCUCCGGCCCAUACCCACAGCCCCGCAGCAUCAAACCAAAUCCACACGAGUGGGGACCAUCCAGCUUCCAAAAUCUUGAGAAACAGAAGAUUAAGAAGAAGAAGAAGAAGAAGAAUCGAGGAAGAAGAAGAAGCAGACCACGGGUGUCUACUCAAAGGCCUUUCAGUUUCAGUGGGAGAGGAGAGCCCGCCAGCCACCUUGAACGGUUCAGAGGCCGCCAUUUAAGCCCCCCCCCCACUAUCUCACUGUACCCACUUCCUAUUUCACUGUUCCGAGUUCGUGCCCUUUCCCUUUCAAGCUCUUACCAUUUUUAGGAACAGAGCCGUAUCCAUUCACGCCAUUUACCAAUUAAUAUAAUUAAAGCCAGCUUUAAGUGGUCGGUAGUGCGCUCAAGAUCUUCCCUUAUGAAGGCUUUCAGACACGGACAGUCUCCCUCUCCUUCUCUCUCUCUCUCUCUCUGACUCUCUCUCUGUCUUUUGACUCUGUUCUUUGUUUUUUCCCCAGCCUUUGUUAGAGAAAGUUCACCAUUAAAACCUAUAUUAAUUAUCCUCUAAUCUUAUCACGUUUGCAUAUUAUUCACCAAUAAAUAAGUUACGAGAAUAGAAAAACAUUGAGAGAGACAGAGAGAACAGAGAUAUGGAGCAGAAGAACAGCAGCAGCUUCUACGUGGAGCAGGGCACCCCCUCGAUCGACAAUGAUUCCGCUCCGAACAAGAACUUCGACGAUGACGGCCGUGUCAAAAGGACCGGGACGUUGGUGACCGCGAGCGCCCACAUCAUAACUGCGGUGAUCGGGUCGGGAGUGCUGUCCCUGGCAUGGGCAAUAGCCCAGCUCGGAUGGGCUGCGGGUCCGCCGGUCCUCAUGGUGUUCUCCUUCAUCACCUACUUCACCUCCACCCUCCUGGCUGAUUGCUACCGGUCCCCGGACCCCGUCACGGGGAAGCGGAACUACACCUACAUGGACGUCGUGCGAGCCAACCUAGGAGGGAAAAAAGUUCAGCUCUGUGGAUUGGCGCAGUAUGGUAAUCUCGUUGGGGUCACCAUUGGUUACACCAUCACUGCCUCUAUUAGCAUGGUGGCGGUGAAAAGGUCGAAUUGCUUCCAUAAGAACGGGCACCAUGCAAAGUGCAUCACAUCGAACUAUCCCUUCAUGGUCAUAUUCGCGUGCAUUCAGAUCAUCCUCAGCCAAAUCCCCAACUUCCACAAGCUCUCGUGGCUCUCUAUCCUCGCCGCCAUCAUGUCCUUCGCCUACUCCUCCAUCGGCCUUGGCCUCUCCAUCGCCAAAGUAAUAGGGGGAGCGCACGUGAAGACGACCUCAACAGGGUUGAUCGUCGGGGUGGACAUAUCCGGGUCGGAGAAGGUGUGGAGGACGUUUCAGGCCCUCGGUGAUAUCGCUUUUGCCUAUGCUUAUUCGACCGUCCUAGUCGAGAUCCAGGAUACCCUUAAGUCGAGCCCUCCGGAGAACAAGGUGAUGAAGAAGGCAUCCCUGAUUGGAGUCAUGACCACGACCCUGUUCUACAUGAUGUGCGGGUGUCUCGGGUAUGCUGCGUUCGGGAAUAAGGCGCCGGGCAACUUCCUCACUGGGUUUGGUUUCUACGAGCCUUUUUGGCUGAUUGAUUUCGCUAAUGUGUGCAUCGCAGUCCACCUGAUCGGAGCUUAUCAGGUAUUUGCCCAGCCUAUCUUCGGGUUUGUAGAGAAGUGGUCCUCUGAGCAGUGGCCGGAGAACAACUUCAUAAACCGGGAGAUCCCCGUAGAGAUUCCGUGCUGUGGGACGUAUUGCAUCAACCUCUUCCGGCUGAUAUGGAGGACAGUCUACGUGAUUGUAACAGCUCUGUUAGCUAUGAUAUUCCCGUUCUUCAAUGACUUCCUGGGCCUGAUUGGGGCUGCCUCCUUCUGGCCCCUAACAGUGUACUUCCCAGUGGAGAUGUACAUCGCCAGGAGGAAGAUGAAGAAGUACUCGUUCACGUGGACGUGGCUCAAGAUACUGAGCUGGGUCUGCCUGGUUGUGACUCUUGUGGCAGCGGCCGGAGCGAUCCAGGGCUUGGCUCAAGAUGUCAAGACUUACAAGCCCUUCAAGACUCAAUAGAAACCUUACCCUCCUUCAGUCUCUAUAUAUGUGUGUGAGAGAGAGAGAGCGAGCUUUAGUUUAUAUAAUAUAAAUCUAAUGUUUGCGUGAUGUCUCUGAUUAGGAAAUAAUAUGCUAGAUUUGAGUGAGUACAUUUCUAUCGAAGAACAGAUUUCGCACAAGAAUUGUUAUAUCAUUCGAAAUUUUAAAGCGGAAAAA